AUGAUUCGGUUUACGAUUCCACGUAACAUUACGAUAUCUUUACGUUGUACGAGGAGUAUAUGGUCAUUCACUCAGGCGCCCACCCGUAGCCAUAUUUGGUCUACUACUUUGAAGGGUGCCACCGCAAGUAGAGGAAAAGCUUCGACAGUGACAAGUAGACAAGUCCAUGAUGGGAAGCAUUUUUUCACCACACCACAGCAGCAACAAACGAAAUCAGAGGGAGCUGAAGAGAAAGAGCACCACAGCGUGAAAGAGGAGGAUCUGAAAAGUAUUGGUCAAGCCAUAGCACAACAACGACAUAAACGCCGAAAACAAAUAUGGUCGGCUAUGUUCGGAGGGAUAUUUGGUGUGAUAAUAGGAUAUUCGGUAAUUUAUAAAGUGAUAUACUUGAAAGAUCAGAGUUUCAUACCAUUGUUCCCUUCGUCCAAGAUACGCAAACUGAGUGCAAGAGAUUUGAAGAAAAUCGACGCAAAUCAAGUGCAAAGCCUCUCCAAAUUGAGAGUGCUGGAAAAAUUGUCCGGCCACGACAUGAUCAAAGAACAGUACGGGGUGCCGUUAUUGGACAAAGACGGCAACUCGCCAAGACUGAACGAAUUCAGCAUGUGGUGCGAAGACCAAGACCCAUGCGUGACCGGCAUUGUAAUGGAGCCGGACGACAAAAGAGCAAGUUCACACACCUGGUACAGAAUUCCCUUUGUUUGCAAAUGGAGAAUAACGCACCGGCCGAUAAGCAUACGCGGCACCAUCGACGAUUUGCUGAACCGUAUUGGACUAGAGACCACGGACUUAUUCGAGAUAAUAUCGCCUGAAAGAGUGUACGGGUCGUUCAAGUACGAGUACCCACUGCAGGGGGACUCACACGCAUUGCACGUUUGGUUCCAUGGCGAGCUCGAAUUAGACGACGAUUCGCUGAUUGUAUAUAACGGGAAGUACCACGUGGACGUCAAACUCCAGGAGAUAGACCUGUUCAGACGAGAGAAGAACGGGCAGCUGGUGCAGUACGUUUUGUUCAAAAACGACACCAGCGAUAGGUAA